CCACACAGGAAGGUCACACCAUCCCCCACCAUCAUCAGGGAACAUUAGAGAACAAAUACAUGAAUUGUUCUCCUGUUGGUGGUGGAGAAAACCCGGAGUGUUCAAGAGAUGAUUAUCAGAUUCUAAAAGAUUUUGAAGCAGUGCCAGUAAGGAUUAAGGAGGAAGAAGUUCCUGUGGAGGUCAGCAAAGCAACAAGACCAACCCUGAGGAGUAAGAGGCCAAUCAACGUCCAUAUCCCACACAGACGGCGAGAGGAAGACAGUUUUGACCAUGAAAUCUCGCCCCAUACCGACUUAAUAAAACGGGAAUUAGCUUUCUCUGCAAGUAAAGCGAGGAAAAGAGCGAUGGCCUUCCACUUCAACGAGCUAUACGAGAUCACCAAGUACCUGCUCUAUCACGGCUACGAGGAUAGCGGACUCCCGGGCCGGGUCCACGAGCAUAAAAGCCAACUCUUGACCCAGCUGUCCUCCCACCUCUACGAGAAGUUCGGAACCACCAGAACAAAGCGCCAGAUCCAGAAACGCUACUCCGAUCUGAAAUCCCGCGAGCCAAAAACAUUCAUGAAAAUAAAGAACAGAAUUCUAAAGGAGGUAUCUCUGAGGAAAGUCUCUGACUCGGAAAGCGAGGUUUCGGAAGACGAGAUGCAGAGCGAAGUAAACAUAAGCAUGACUUCGGCGGAGAUACAGGACGCUCUGGUGUCCAGCUAUAUCCAAGCAGAUGACAUGCAGGUGACACAGUCUUGCCAGAACCAUAUUGUACGGGAAGACGUCUUAAAUCUCCUACCGCUGAGUUAUACGUCUAAUGAGGGGUACUCGUCUGUGGGUGAAGCCCAUACAGAGGAGGAGGGCGGUUCCCGUAUAGAGAAGAUCGAACAGUCUCUGCACUCUCUGCAAGCCAAGAUGGAUCAGUUACUGAGCAGCCUGUCAGGGAGAAGAGACUCUUCCUGAGACGUCUUGUGCGGAUUUGUUAUUUUUUGACAUUAUUAAAGUGGAACUCCAAGUAUUUAACUUGCUUCCCCCCAAAGUCACCCCUCCUAGUUUUUUUU